AUGAGCAUUGAAAUACCCAGCUUCACAGUCCCAGGUCAACCACUUUGUCCAACUCUACAGAAAACUAAAGAUCCUAAAUUGGUACAUAAAUUCGAACCUGGUAAUGGGGCAAUUUUACAACAAGUUGAAAUAAAUAAUAAAAAAACAUCAAUUAUUUCAUCAACUUUAGUUGGUAAAGUUCAAAUAGAGGAAAUAUUAGAAGACGAAAAAGAAACUACAGAUGGACAAGAUGAAGAAGAAUCAAAAAAUUCACAAAAAGAAGAUAAUGAAGAAUAUAAUAUAAAAAAAUUUAAAAUUUCAGUUAUACCAAAUUUAAAAAAUCAAUAUAAUGAAUUUGAUUUUAUAAAUAAAGAAACAACAAAUACAAAUUUCGCAACAAAUUUACCAAAAGAAGGUGAUAUUGUAUUAUCAAGAGUUACAAAAUUAAAUUUAAAACAAGCAUUUGUUGAAAUUUUAGCAGUUGAAGGAUCUGGUAAUGUAUUAACAGAUUCUGGUAUUGGAUCAAAUGGUCAUGGAAUUAUUGCUCCAGGUGGUGGUUCAGGUGCUGCUACUUUUUCUAUCCAUCAAGCUUCUUCAGAUUUAGGUGAAACUUUUAAAGGUAUAAUAAGAUCUCAAGAUGUUAGAUCAACUGAUCGUGAUAAAGUUAAAAUUAUUGAAAGUUUUAAACCUGGUGAUAUUAUAAGAGCUCAAAUUUUAUCUUUAGGUGAUGGGACCAAUUAUUAUUUAACCACUUCAAGAAAUGAUUUAGGUGUUGUUUAUGCUAAAUCUUAUAAUGGUGCUGGUGGAUUAAUGUAUGCUAUUGAUUGGCAAACUAUGGUUUGUUCAAAAACUGGUGAAUUAGAAUCUCGUAAAUGUGCAAAACCAUUUUGA